AUGGUUGAAGCUAACGUCGAAUUGUUGGAAGACGAACCCCAAUACAAGGAAUUCGCCAUCGAAGAAUUCCUGGUUCGCAGCGAACCUUAUUACCGACCCGUUAGCGACGAGUUGGAACUGUUCCAAGCAGCCUACGAGCAGCAUAUCCCGGUUUUGCUCAAGGGUCCUACCGGAUGCGGAAAAACCCGGUUCGUCGAGUAUAUGGCCUGCGAAGUCCGCGUGCCGCUGGUCACCAUUGCCUGCCACGAAGACUUGACGGCCAGCGACCUGGUGGGCCGCUAUCUUCUGGACGCCCAGGGUACCCGCUGGAUCGAUGGCCCCAUGACCCGCGCGGUCAAAGCCGGCGCCAUCCUCUACCUCGACGAGGUCGUGGAAGCCCGGAAAGACACCACCGUGUUGAUCCACCCCCUUACCGACCACCGUCGCAUUCUGCCGGUAGAAAACACCGGCAACAUCAUCGAGGCCGACGACCGGUUCCUGCUCUGCAUUUCGUACAAUCCUCACUACCAGAGCGCCCUCAAAGACCUGAAACACAGCACCCGCCAGCGUUUCAUCUCCAUUGAGUUUGAUUAUCCACCAAUAGACGUGGAAACCGAGAUCGUCGCCAAAGAAAGCGGUUGCAACGAAGAGCAAGCCUACGCCCUGGCCCGCCUCGGUGACAAAAUCCGUAACCUGAGGGAACACGGUCUUGCCGAAGGCGCCAGCACCCGCCUGCUGAUCUACGCCGGAAGGCUCAUGACCCACGGCAUCGCGCCCCGCCGCGCCUGCCAGGUGGCCAUCGUCUGGACCCUCUCCGACGAACCCGAACUACAACGCAGUAUCGAAGAGGUAGUUCAUUCCAUAUUCGAAUAG